AUGAAUGUAAUCAGCUGCCUUAAAUGGCUCCCGAAGAGCUACACUUAUACUGACUUCUUCCAAAGCUAUAUACAUCGCGCCGAAGAAGAUGCCAGCGACAUAGACGUAGACCAAGAAGGGGAAGACCAAAGGGACGAAAUCACUGACGAAUUCGAUCUCGACAACUAUGACGCUGACGAAGUGCCAGGUAAUAGUGCAAUAUGCAUAAUAACGCCUAUUAAUGUGCAAACAGGUGAACAAUUCUUCACGCUGUCCAACGAGGAUGAGAAACUUAUCGUCGAGGAUGCGGAAGAUGUGGAGUCACGUAAACUGGACGGCGACGACAGGGUUAUUGUCUGCGGAAAUAGCGGAGAGGAUUGCGCAUCAAUUGAUUUCUUCAUUUACAACACUGCAUACUGUGGUUUAGAGACAUGCCACUCCAUCCUGAUCGCAUCUUUCCCAUUAGUGCUGGAAAUUGUUCCUAAUCUUCCAAAUUACGCGCCACUAGUAGCAGCGGGCACCUACGAGUCCCAUAUUGACAUAUGGGAUAUGAGGCAGAUCGACAAACUAGACCCGGUCAUAACUCUUGGUGGGCAGGGAGAAUCGCAAAACCAAGGGCACCAAGACGCUGUACAGUGCUUAUCUAACUCGCCCCAUGUCUCGCAACUCAUGGCCAGCGGGUCCGCGGACAAUACCGUCAAGGUCUGGGAUCUCAACGAGGCGCAAGUGCUACAUUCGUUCAUCCAUCACACGUCAAAUGUUCAAGUGGUGCAAUUCUCACCCUUUGACGCAUCCCUUCUGUUGACAGCAUCAUUCGACAAAACAGCUGCACUGUGCGACAUCAGGGAAUGCAAAAGCAACACAAGUCUCAAGCUGGACUCUGAUGUGGAAUCGGCCAUAUGGAAAGGCGCAAACAACAUUGUGGUAUCAAUGGAAGAUGGGAGCGUUGCGGAGUACGACAUCAGGAGCGAAAAGAUGCUCUGGCAAAUCAAGGCGCACAAGAAAGCUUGCAGUUCGGUGCAACUCGUUGACAAUGUCAUGGUAACGUGUGGAUUGGACUCCAAGGCUAAAGUGUACAAACUUGGAGGCACGAAGCCCACGAAGUUGGCUUCCAAAAACCUCAACGCGGGUCCUUUGUUUAGCGUAGAAGGCUCGCCAGAUGACAAACACCUUAUGGGCUUCGGCGGGGAACUGCUAGUACUGUGGGACCUUGAAACAAUAGACAGGUUCAACGACAUGAUUUAG